AUGGCUUUUCCCAAGAACAUGCCGAAAGAUGCAGAGGUAGUGGCACAAAUCCUGAAGGAUAUGGGGGUUACAGACUAUGAGCCGAGAGUUAUAAAUCAGUUGCUGGAGUUUGCCUUCCGAUAUGUGACUACAAUUCUAGAGGAUGCAAAAGUCUAUUCAGGCCAUGCUAAGAAAGCAACUGUUGAUGCAGAUGAUGUGCGAUUGGCAAUCCAGUGUCAGGCUGAAAAGUCUUUUACCUCUCCUCCCCCAAGAGCUUUUUUAUUGGAUAUUGCAAGGCAAAGAAAUCAGAUCCCUUUGCCAUUGAUCAAGCUAUAUUCUGGCCCUAGGUUACCACCUGAUAGAUACUGCUUGACUGCGCCGAACUAUAGACUUAAGUCUUUACAAAAUAUGGCAUCUACUUCUGCAGGAGGAAUAACAUCUUCGGUGUUAAGUGUUGGUUCAGGCACUACGUCUGGCACACCAACCCCACAAACAAUGUAUGUAGCAACCAAAUCAGGGGCUCCAAUAUCCUUUACAGGGCAAAGGUGUACUGUGCAGAGGCCCAUCUCACAGACCCCAGCUAGAAAAGCAUCAAUUCCUGGAAAAGCAUCAAUUCGUACAGCAUCAACAGUUCAAAAUGUCUCUCUCAAUCCAUCACUAAUAGGAUUCAAAAACACUCUUAUUACCAAAAAUAUGGUGUCAUCACAAAAUACUGCCAGGGAAUCAUCAAAAAAAGCAGUGAAAAGGAAACGUAAAAAUAAUGACAAUCACUAUUACAAGUUUUAA